CAUUAUACACGUGUAUAUGCAUAAUAUCGUAAACACUGUCUUGACCACCGCGCCCCAGACCUUGACGCCACCGUCCGUCUGUUAUAGAACCGCGAUAUUAUCAUAAUAUUAAACAGCAAUCGUGCGGGUCGUAUAUUUACGCGCAAAGCAGUCGAAGACAGACUUCCUCGUGAGACUGCUGCUGGAAAUACAUCGCACAUUUAUAACAUUAUACGUUUAGAAAAAGAUAUCAUUAUCGCAACGGUUUGCUCGAAAUUAAAAUCGACGUGCUUUCGCCGUGCAAAUCGUGGUGUUUCGUACAUCGCGCGCGUUGUGUUAAGUCGUUUAUAAUAUAAUAUUUUAUAAAAAGUAUACGCAAUCAUCGUGUUUAAAAUCACUUAUUUUCAGUGUAUCGUCACACACACACACACACACACACACACUUAUAUACAUAUCCGUAAAACGUAUCGCGUAUAAAAAUAAUUAUAUGAUACAUACUUCUCCUGUAUGUAAUAUAUAUUUCCCGUCGAGGUCAUUGGCGUGGGCUUUUUAAUUUUCCGCCCGGCGCAGCCUUCUCGCACACCAAUGGAAUGGCAGUCGCGUUCACCGUGUUGCACUCGUCCAUCGCCGAGCACGCCGAACAGGUACACAACACUGCGGAUAAAUAUGAUGUUAUAUUCUUACGUCUUAUUGUUAUUAUUAUAAUCAAUAAAUUAAUUAUUGUGUACGCAUCGUGGCCGAAUGCUCGCUAAAAUAAAAACGGUUUAAAUCAUUUUUCUUCAGACAGUGGUAAUUUACGUGCCCGACUGUAUCGUAGACAUAAUAAUAUCGUCAUUAUUAUUAAGAUCAAACCUAACUCACGUGCGCGAUGAAGUUUUUGUUCGAAAUACUGAUAAUUUUUCGAUCGUUGUAUUUUUUCGACUGCCGUCGCGGUAGCACAAUGUAGUAAAAGUGGUGGUUCGAUCGCGUUAUGGAAACGUCUUAUAGAUUUGUCACUGAACCACAAAGCAAUGACAAUGCAAACUACGGUAAAAAAUCUGGUAGUUGGAACUCCACAACUGCCCCGACUACAAGUUCGGGUUGGUCGAGGCAAUCGUCCAUGAGUAGGAAGCAAUCAGUAGCUGAUGCUAACGAGUUGACUUCAGCUACUUCAGGACUUAAUAUAACCAAAUCAUCUACAACUAGAGUUAUAAGGAUUAUUAACAAUUUCGAUCACACAGUACAGUGUCGCGUUCUACUUAAUUUAAGAACCACCCAACCUUUUGAAGAGGUCAUUGAAGAUUUAGGACAUGUGCUCAAAAUGAACAAUGCUAAACGCAUGUUAACCGUGUCUAAUCAAGAAGUUCGUAGUUUUUCUCAACUGAGAAAUGAAUUUUCGGACGUGGAUACAUUUUAUAUUACGUCGGAGUCACGUGUACUAUCGCCGCCAUUUAGAAGGUCAAGAUCCAGAGGGGCAUUAGCGGUUGAACCGAUUAUAAAUACAGUUCCUACAAAGGCGGAAAAGCAAAGGAGAGCGAGAAGUAAAAGCCGACCUCGUGCACUAUAUGCAGCUGAUACAGAUAUUGUUAAAGUGCCUCCAGAUUAUACGGUUUUGGAUGUGAUGAAAGAAGAACCAAUACGCGUGCAAAUAAGAGGGACAAGAAAAACAUUUUUCCCUCCAAUGGUCCAUUCUCCUGCAGAUGAUUCACCGCCAGACAAAAGAUUAACUUUAAAUUGGGUUUAUGGUUAUCGAGGCAUCGAUACAAAAAGAAACCUGUGGGUAUUGCCUACCGGAGAACUUUUGUAUUACGUCGCGGCUGUAGCUGUACUUUAUGAUAGGGAUGAAGAAUCACAAAGACAUUAUAUUGGACAUACUGAAGAUAUUCAAUGUAUGGAUAUACAUCCUUCUAAGGAGAUGGUAGCUUCGGCUCAAAAAGCCGGCAGAACACGAAAGACACAGGCUCACAUUAGGAUUUGGAGCCCCGAAACUCUGUAUACUCUGUACAUAGUUGGCAAUGGCGAAUUUGAAGAAGGAGUCAGCGCAUUAGCAUUUUCUCAACUCACUGGAGGAAAUUAUUUAUUAGCUGUCGAUUGUGGAAGAGAAAAAAUGUUAUCUGUUUGGCAAUGGCAAUGGGGACAUUUAUUGGGUAAAGUAGCUACGAUGCAAACUGAAGACAUACUAGGUGCAUCUUUUCACCCUUUAGAUGACAAUUUAAUGAUAACUUAUGGAAAAGGUCAUUUAACGUUUUGGACCAGGCGGAAAGAUGGAUUUUUCGAGAAAAUUGAUAUCAUAAAAGCACCUUCGAGGACGGUAGUUACCAGUUUACAGUUCGAACAAGAAGGGGACGUAAUUACGGCGGAUGGCGAUGGAUUUAUUACGAUUUAUUCUGUAGACAGCGAUGGCGCGUAUUAUGUCAGAAUGGAAUUCGAGGCACACAACAAAGGCAUAAAUGCUCUUAUAAUGCUACCGGAAGGAACUCUAUUGUCUGGGGGUGAAAAAGACCGUAAAAUUAUAGCUUGGGAUUCAUUACAAAAUUACAACAAGAUAACUGAAACGAAAUUAACUGAAGUUUAUGGUGGUGUAAGAAGUCUAUACCCUCAACGGCCAGGGAGGAAUGAUGGUAACAUAUACGUAGGAACGAUAAAAAAUCAUAUUCUAGAAGGAUCAAUGCAAAGAAGAUUUAAUAGAAUAGUAUUCGGCCAUAGUAAACAAUUAUGGGGAUUAGCAGUUCAUCCGGACGAUGAACUUUUUGCCACCGCGGGUUACGAUAAAAAUAUAAGUCUUUGGAAAAGACAUGCUUUACUAUGGAGUACUCAAAUUGCAUAUGACUGUGUAUCACUUACCUUUCAUCCAUUUGGUACUGCUCUUGUGGCUGGUUCAGUGGAAGGAUAUUUGAUUAUUUUAAAUGCUGAAAAUGGGUCUGUGGUGUCAAGCGUUCGAGUGUGUGGUUCUGCCUUGACGUGUAUGGGUUUUAAUCCAGCUGGUGAUACAAUAGCCGUUGGUUCUCAAAAUGGUAGUGUAUAUCUCUAUCGAGUAAGUAGAGACGGAUUCACGUUCAAAAAAUCGAAUAAAAUUAGAGGAGUUCAACCAUUGGUGCAUUUAGACUGGAGUACGGAUGGAAAUUAUCUACAAACAGUAACUGCCGAAUAUGACCUAGUUUUUUGGGACGUCAAAGGAUUGAUACAAGAAAAAAGUGCAUCUGCAAUGAAGGACGUUAAAUGGUACACAUAUAACGCAACUAUAGGCUACUUAGUUUCUGGUAUUUGGCACAAUAGAUAUUAUCCAACUUCAUCAAUGAUAAGCACUGCCAACAGAUCAGCAGCCCAUGAUCUUUUUAUAACCGGAGAUACAGAUGGGUAUCUCAGACUAUUUAGACAUCCGUGUAUUUUUACCAAAUCAGAAUACAACGAAGAGAAGGUUUAUAGUGGACAAGUAUCGAGCGCUAGAUUUUUGUAUAACGAUAGAAACGUGGUGACAGUCGGUGGAACGGAUGCGGCUUUAAUGCUAUGGGAUGUCAUAGAAGAUUAAGUACAAAACCGCUUUACAAACUUUCAUUUAUUAUUAUUAUUUUUUUGACUCAAGCACAAUUCGAUUUCUUCAUCAAUUUAUUUACUACGAUCCGAUGUCUACGUGAUGAAAUCAGAAAAAAAACGUAAAUGGAUAAUGAAUUACCAGCAUUUAAAAAACCUGCCUAUACAUUAACGUAAAGUACGCCAGAAAGAAAUAUAAAACGUCAUCUAACUGUUUUGAAUUAUUUCCAAAACCUAUUAUAAAAAAGUUACCGUUUUAGAAAAUGUAAUAAUAAGGUUCACGACCAUCAUUUUUUAUUAUGUAUACAUAUAAUAUAUACUUACGGUCUUUAUUGACAUCACUGCUUAAUUUUAUAGUAACGCAAUUUGAUAUUCUUUCAGCGAGCUAGAAAUAUUUUUCGUGAUCUGUGAUUAUUAAUAUAUAAUAUAUUUCUUGUUAUGUUCAGAUUAUUUUUCUAAUGUCGGUACAGAUCAGUUAAUGAUCUGAAAAUGUUGGUUUAUUAGUAUAAACUAUAGACACAUCUUCACUAUAUCAAUAUCAUAACUACACUGCCUGGCAUAGAUAUGUUAAUAUUAUAUUUAAUUUGUAUGUUUUAUAAGUAUCAUAUAAAAUAUACAUACAUAGUAUAUAAAUAAAAAAUUAAUUUAACAAUUUUGAAA